AUGUCCAAACCAACCGUCCUCGUUACCGGCUCAGCCGGCCACCUCGGCACAGCCUUGAUGCUCGCCCUACCCGAGCUCGGCUACACCCCGAUCGGCAUCGACAUCAAGGCCGGUCCAACGACCACGCACGUCGGGUCCAUCACCGACACGGCCUUCCUCGCCUCCGUCUUCACCACCCACCAGCCCGCCCACGUCAUCCACGCCGCCACCCUGCACAAACCACACGUCGACUCCCACACCAAAAACGACUUCAUCCAGACCAACAUCGCUGGCACCCUCGCCCUCCUCGAAGCCGCCACCACCACCACCCCCCAAACCCAAACCCAAACCCAAACCCAAACCCAGCCCUUCCCCUCAGAACGCACCGUCCAAUCCUUCAUCUUCAUCUCCACCACCUCCACCUUCGGCACCGCCCUCACCCCCCUCCCCAACGCUCCCGCCAGCUGGAUCACCGAAACCACUUCCACCCCCACCCCCAAAAACAUCUACGGCACCAGCAAAACCGCCGCCGAAGACCUCUGCCACCUCCUGCACCUCCAAACCUCUCUCCCCACCAUCAUCCUCCGCACCGAGCCGCUUCUUCCCCGAAGACGACGACGACUCCACCCCGGCGCGCGGCCGUCACCCGGUGGCGGACGACAACCUCAAGGUGCUGGGAGCUUGGCGUACCGGCGGGUGGACAUCGGCGUGACGUGGAUCUCGGCGUGCGUGUGCCGCGAUGCCAGAAGGGGGCGGAACGCGGCGGCAGAGGGCGGCCCGAGACGGGGUGCGUUUGAGGGGCGGCUAAUAUUGUCGACGCCGCGCACGACGCACGUUUGGGAGCGGGGAGGAGGUGUUGCGGGGGUUGAAUGGCGGGGAUGCGGAGGGGGUGUUGAGGAGGGCGGUGCCCGGGGUGGGGGAGGUGUUUGA